ACACACACACAGCCAUACUUUUCUGCACACAACGCCAAGGGUAGGUAUGUAUUAAUACAAAGCGCGCUCAAAGAACAAAAGAGAACGAAUACAGAGAGACAGUGAGAGAGAGCGCAAGAGCAACAUUGAAAAAAAUCUGCUGCCAGCGGCGUCGGUGGAUUUAUUUGGCUCGCAAUGCUGCGCCGCAGUUUUUGUUGUUAAUUUGUACUCUACACUCCACUUAAUUUUUAAAAGAAAAGCAAGCUGAAACAAAUACAAACUGGGUAGUGAGUGUUUAAGUUGUUAAAAAUGGCCAAUGUUCCGGUGCCGAUGCCGUCAGUGCUGAAAACAGCAAAAAAAACAAAUGGAGACUCCGUCGCGGUGGCUGCGUCGUCGACUGCGGCGGCAGCGUUGGGUGACAACGAAGACUCGGAAGAGUCCGAGUUGGAGGAAGAUGACGAUUUGCUUGAUGAUCCCGACGAUGUCGUUCUGCAAAUUGACAGCGAAGACGAGGCCGAAUUGGAGGCCCAGCGCAUACGCUUGGUUGAUAUGAAAGCAGCGGCUGCGGCAGCGGCAGCGGCAGCAGAGACAGCAGCAACACCAACAAAGUCGCAGGUCAGUAACGGUAAUCAGCAGAAGCAGCAGCAUCAGCAGCAGCAUCAAACGAAUGACAAAGCAGCGUCCCGAAAACCUCGUGGACGUCCUCCUGGAACUGGCAACAAAAAAAAACAGAAAACAUCGAGCAGCCCCCAGGCCUCCACAGCAUCAUCCCUGGUCGCCGCUCAGGUUUUGGCAGAUGAGAAGUCGUAUCGCUUCUUCUACAGUUGUACGCGCUGCUGCAACCACUACGGCGACGGACUGUCUCUCUCCCGGCACUUCCAGAAGGAGCACUCAGAGCAGGACUGCCAUCAGGUCAAGCGCAAGCGUGGCAGAAGCAAAGUUUCCCCUAGUGGAAUAGAGUCAACGCCUCCUCUCACUCUGUCCACCUUGAAUGUAGGCUGUUUGAAGCCUUGUGCCCAGCUGCUCAUACAAGGGGAAUCCCUGUUGCAGCUUUGCCUGGCCUGCAACUCCCAGUUUGUGGAUGUGAAACACUUUCAGCAUCAUCUGAGCGAGCAGCAUGGCUUCUUCAAGUUGAUCGUGCCUAAGGAGGAGCCCACUGAGGUGCCACCCACAGCUAUGGUGACCAUACCUGCUGCUAUAGCCAUGAGCAAGUCCAGUCAGCAGCUUCAGUUGCCCAUCCCAGCACCGGACACCCCACCGCCCGAACAGGAUGGCAAGGAACCGUCGGGGACUGGCUCGUGCACCGAUAAAGAUGAUCUCGAUAUAAUAAACGCCAUGGUAGCCAAAAUGGCAGCCGAGAGGGGCAAGCCGAACUGCGCUCCCAAGGUCAACAAGAUGAUUAUUAAGCUGCCAGAUGUGGCCAAGCGGGUCAAAAAAUGUAAGGAUCAGGAGGUAAAGACUCAACAAAAGGAAAGAGAGCACGAAACGCCAGAAAACGUGGAGAAACCAGAAAAAAAGAAUCAGGAGAAGCCAGACCAAGCAGUGCCAGAUCCGCUGCAGCGUCCAGAGGAGCCCACUAACCCACCCAAGCGGAAGCGUGCUUGCAAACAAUUAUCACCGUCGCCCUCGGAGACAGAGAAAGAGAUCAAAAAAGAGACGGAGCCAAGCGAGCGACGCAUGCGCAAGACUCGAAACUUUGUCGACUAUGUGAUGGAUGUGAAGGAUGAGGAAGACGAAGACGAAAACGAAGAGGAGUCUGAGGGCUCCUCUGCCACAGUUUCGCCGCAUAACAGCUCGAGCGACGAGAGCCUGGCGUCGAUUAAACGGGAGUCAAUAGAGGAGUCUCAGAGCACUGGUAGACCCAUACACACUUGUAACUUUUGCGGCAAGACCUUUCAGCGCUUCUCACGCAUGCAAGAUCAUCUGCGAAUCCACACGGGCGAGAAACCCUUCAUUUGCAAUCAUUGCGGAAGAGCUUUUCGGUUGAAGAUGCGUCUCGCAGAGCAUAAGCUGCGUCAUCGUACUGAGAAGGCCUACCAAUGCGAGAUCUGUUCUAUGCCCUUGGCCACCAAACAAGAUCUAUCACUGCAUAUGCGUCAUCAUAAGAACGACAGGCGGUACAAGUGCGACAAAUGUGACAAAGGCUUUGUGCGAAGCUCCGACUUGGCCAUCCAUGUGAGAAUUCACACCGGAGAAAAGCCCUAUGCUUGUGAUCUGUGCGGCAAGGCCUUCCGAGCUCGUCAGAAUCUUGUGGUUCACCGACGUACUCAUUUAGGCGACAAGCCGGUACAGUGUGAGCUCUGCGACAAACGGUUCGCAAGGAAGAUUGACAUGCGAGUGCACAUGCGCAGGCAUACAGGCGAAAAACCCUUUAACUGCGAGUCUUGUCAGCGUGGCUACUCCUCACGUGUGAAUCUUCAGCGUCAUCAAGAGCGCGAGCAUGGCAAAGGCUCGCAGAAGCCAGAACGGACAAAGACGGGACAAGGAAAAGAGGCCAAGCCGGAGGAGGGAAACGAAUCCAUCCCUGAGAAAGAAGCAGAAUCUAAGACAGAGAAACGAACAGAACCCAAAGACAAAGCUAAUCUGCGCCGUCCGCGGCGUGAGAAGUUGCAGAAAAAGAUCGCUGCCCAGGAAAAGCUACUGAAUGAUCUGAAGCGCAGCCUAAGGUCCUUGCCGGACAUACCCGAAGAGUCUUCCACAGGGAAGAACGAAUUGGACAUGUCUAAAUUUCCAGCCGAUGCCGGGGCUGGCUGUGUCCCUCCCGCUCAGGUGUCAGUCACAGUCUCCAUGCAAGUGGAGGCCGCAGCUAAUGUGGAAGACGAUGAGAUCACGCCGGAGAAAGAGAAUGCUUUGUCCAGCGGCUCUCCGGUCGAUGGCAAGUCCAAGACCAAUCGAAAGAUUACGAGUUACUUUACCGUCGUUGGCCAGAAGGCGGAGAUGAAUAACCUAAAGACUUAAGAUCAGGAUCAGCUACUCUUACUCAUUACUUUAAGAUGCCACUGUACUUGGAAGUUGCGGAUAAGUUUCCCUAGCGUAGCGUACACCUCGCAAUGUGUAUUUUUUGGAUUUGCAAUGCAAUUUGCAGCAGGGAUUAAGUAUUCUUUUUAUACCAUUUAUUCAUAACUAUUAACGUGAAGUGAAAAUUGAAUUAUUAUAAUUUUGUGGUUUGAAGGAAGAGAAGCCCAAAAAGCACAUAUUCGACGUUGUGAAGUAACAUAUAAUCCUCGAGAACAAGAAAAGACUACUUUUAAAAAGAAUAAUGAUAUUUGAUAUGAAAAACAAGCAAGAGACUGCAGAGUAUAUUUUUUAUACAUAAAUACAACUAUAUUUACAUAGACGGAGCAACUUUUGUGAACAAACGUAAAAUUUAAAAUAUCAAUAGAUUAUCUUAUAAGCAAACAAAUCAUGAAAAAUGUUCGCAAACUCUCAAGGAAAUUAGAGUAGCUUUGACGAACUUUGACUGUAAAUAACUGAAAUAUCACGAAAAUCCUUCGCAGGCACUACUGUCUCAACGAAGAGUCUAUACUGAAGAAGUUACCAUUUCGUUCAAUCUUAUCGUGUUACUCUAUUCACUGAAUACUAGAUGUGUAAGCAAAUGCGAACAGUACCCCAUAGCUAUCACUCGAUUUGUCAAUCGAACAAACAGAAUGGAAUUUUUUGAAUUGCAUACUAAAAUUGGCUACACAAGUCAUUGAACAUUCAAUUGAAAUAUGCGCACUUAACAACUAAAUAUACUCAUAUUCCAAAACAAAUACAAUUUAAAUGUAAUCAUAUUAUUCGUAAAUAUAAGCCACCAAAAUCGAUUCGGGAGAACGUUCGUUUCCCCGAACAACCCUCAGAUCUAUCUCAGAAGAAUAUUUACUGUAUUUAUUUUACAUGCAUUUAUCUCACGAUAUUUACUUAAUUUCUCGAAUUAUAAGUUAAGUGAAAAAGACGAUGAACAAAGAGUCGAAAAGGUUUUGCUUGAACGGUUUUUUUUUUUAAAUUUAAUUUGAAGACAUUUAUUUUGUCCACUUACUUUAUAGAAUCUACUAUAGAACUUCUCAUUCUUUAGUAACUAAGAGAGUUCCCUGAAUAUACGAUAUUUUUAUAAUUUA